AUGGCCAUCGACUACAAUCCCCCGUGCAUCAGGCAAACAAUCAACGCCUGGCAGGCUAGCCGGGUGGGGUCCUUCCUCCCCUUGCACCCCUUCCUUCUGGUUCGCGAUCUGGUUCGCGAUCUGGUUCGCGAUCUGGUUCCUGAUGCCAUCGCGGACGUCAUUGAGGCGGUGCGACUCCAUGCUCCUUCCUUCCAUCACUCGCUGGCACCUUCAGGUCGUUAUUACAGUAUCGGCCUACACUACAGAGAUGCAGCAGCCUAUGAGUCUCUCAUCAACAGCUUCAACUCGCUGGCGCUCCCUAACGCCUUAGCCCAGCGUCAACACAGCGUCAUCGCAUCCCUUUGGGUCACGAUCCGCCACGGCUUUGCCUCGGCGCCUCAAGCGACCACCCAAGGCAAUUCUCUUCCCCUUUUUGCCCUGCGCCGAAUAAAUCUCUCCAUCCUUACUAUCGCACUCGACGGGCUCCUCGCAAGAGACCUUCAGCAGCUCCAGGAAACCCUUGGCAAGGACAUUGCUUGUCGUCAAAAACGCGUCCUCAGGGAAUGGGGGAUUUCCCGAAGCAUCUUUCUCUUCCUCUUUGACGCCACUAUCAUCAAAUGUCGCUUUGCCCUCGAAGCCUUACAUAAUCUUCACCUCGAGUACCCAGACAUGACCAUUCUCGACCUGUAUCGCCAAUUCGAGUCUCAAAACCCUCACGCUCCCAAUACUGCGAAAAAGGACAGCCUCAAGAGAACCAUUUGCCACUUCUCUCUCAAAGCCUGGCCGAAGAGCCGACUAAGGUCAAAAAGGGCAAAGAAGAUUGGAGAAGCGUCGGACAUGAGCGAUCCAGCGAAUACAGCCGAGGCCUCCCGCAACCAAGAUCAUCCCCACAGCCCAGCUAGCAACACGUCGCGUUCCAUCGAAAGAAGCCGCCGCCACCUACCUUGCGCUCAUUCCGCAGCCUCAACACCUAUUCAGCCAGACUCCAUCGCAGCGACCUCUCCCCUUGCGGCCACUCGUGCAGCUUCCCCCCCGCUGGAUACUACACCCAACUCGCCUCAUCCAGCUGAGUCGCCAAUAUUUGAGUCCAACCACAACGUGGCAGACCUUCGCGCGGACUCCGACUGGCGCAACGACUCGCAUGCCAACCGCGACGACGACUCUCAAGGCGACAUUGACGACAACGACGAGAAGCGCGACGACAAUACCGACGACAGCUACCAAGGGGGCGAUUACGAGGUUGGUUCAGAACCCAAGGCAGUCGCCUCGUCGCCUGACACACGACGCAUCCUUCAGGUCGACCAAGACCAAAGCCUCCACCGCGACCGCACUACAGAGUUGGACAGGCCGCUCUCUGGGCGGAGAACCUCCAACGCGACGACACAAGAACAAGCGGUUCUAUCGGCUGUUUCCCAACGCAAGCGGUACUCUUCAGGUCUAGGCGGGAACCCACCGAAACGUCCGAGAAAGGAACUGCCCCAGAUACAUGAGGAGGGUUCAUCCUUCAUAAUAGGUACCCCGGGUUUGUUGCCAAGAGCUGACUUGGACUUGACAACAAGCGACGUGCCAGGAGGUGCGCCAUCGCCAUCUCUUCUAAAUCAUCCAGAUACCACGCACAGCCUAGUGGCCUCUCCCUCAUCACCUACAGGCCAAAAAGGCACGCUGCAGCAAGUAGAAAUGGAAGCUCUGGACCUGAACGCCUGGUUGAGCAGCGCGGAAAUUUCUCAAUGCUUGUCUCUGUUUGCAGUGUCGUCCAGUACAGACUGCUUGUUAAUCGAGCACUAUGUUGUCAGUGGCCAGAACGAUAUGAGCCAUACAACUCUAGAUUCGCUUUUGCACACAAAAAGCUUCCUUGUGCCCCUAUUCAUAGGUAGCAACCAUUGGAUGCUGGCGCAAAUACACAGAGAGGACGGAGACGGCUUCCAAAUUGACCUGUACGACUCAUUACCAAGUCUUGACCACACUCGCGAAGCCCAAGGCCAGCUUGAAAUAUUUCUAAACCGCUACUUUCCAGGAAUACCUCAUCCUCUCGAGGGCGCAUUUGAUAUUGCCUGCCCAGGGCAAGACAACGGGUCUGACUGCGGUGUCUUCGUCAUUGCAUUCCAGGCUUAUCUCAUCGCCAAUUGUUCCAUGCCAUCCAGAAUUGACUCAAGACUCUGGAGAGUCAUCGCUAGAAUCAUACAGCAGCUGCAAAUCAACCUCUACAAUACACCCUUAACGCUAGAUCCUGCAGCAAGGGAACGCAUGGUUGCCUUCUUCCGCUCGGAAUAUCUGGACCAUGGUCAACUAGCACAGCCGCGACUAGACCCGGACGUACUACCGGCCCCUCAACCUUCCUUUGCCCAUGGUCAACCCUUAUCCCUAGAGGACGCACAAGCAUACGCGACCAGCGUCAGACAGUGGGAACAGGCGGUCGAGGUACGCAUUCGCAGAACCGCCAACGAGCGGUUAGGUGUUUGGACCUUUGCAUUGCAGCAGGCUUCACGGGUACGGACUGUCUUUAUGCGCCUCAAUGGCGUUGCCGUGUCGAGGCUAGCGGACGCAACGAGGAAGAGCCAGGUCCAGGGCGAGGCAAUCACAAGGUACACAGGUCUCGGCAAUAAGAGCGCCAAGCUGCAUCAUCAUGCCGCUCAAGCCCGACUUGAGCUGCGGCGAGCCAACGAUCGAAUACGCCAUCUUCAAGUCUGCGUCAAAGUCUGGCCCAUAGUGACGGAACUCUUGGCCGACGCGCUGGUGGUUUUGCAGACUCGGUUGAAGCUUGGUCAGCCUGCUCUGCCUGAGCCCCUCCAACUAGGUUAG